GUACAUAAACAUAGAGAGUAAGAACAUCAAUGGACAAGGACGUUCGUUAUUUCAAAUAUCAGAUAACAACCAUUUAAAAUGGAAGGUAACAGUAUUGAAGACCAAUCUACUGGAUUUAAUCGCAAUCCAUCGAUCCGCGACACAAACUGGUGUAACAGAUGCAUGGAUCGUAUAAUUGGAGGAAAAGUUAAAGUUUACGUGCCUUGUCUACAUCAUAUGUGCUUUGAGUGUGUCAAAGAGUGCCAUAAAGAUUCCCCCAGAAGUGCAGAUGGCGACAGCGACUGUCCCAUAUGUCAAGAAACCAACACUGAUAAUGACCAAUCUCCAACAGAUCUACCUCUAAUUGAACCCAAUGUAGCCCUUCCCAUAACAGGACCCUUAUACUCAAAAAAGAAGAGCACACGAAUGUUCAACCAACCAACGAAAUUCCAAACAGAUGUAAGAUUACUGAACAUUAACAGUGAUUACGAAUCCGAUCCUUCAGUUGUGUAUUCAAAUCUUGUUGCGGAAAACAAAGAUAUUACUAACGGUAGAAAACCUGAGAAUUGGAUAAUGAUGGAUGAUGUAGAUGGUGCCUUAACAAAUGGGAGCAGUCCUCAAGUGCCUGUUUCAGAGUAUAACAUAUCGUGGUGUGGUGUAUGCCUAGAGAAGCUGGAUGGUAAACGAUACAUUGAAGAACCCCUUUGUGGUCACAUUAUUUGUCAUAAGUGUUUGAAACAGCAUCAAAAAGGUAUUGGCAGUAACAAGAGUAACAAAACAUGUCCACAAUGCAACAAAGAGAAUGCUGGGAGUGUUCCUCCCUCAUCUGGAUACCACAUUCCAAGUGCUCUGACUACAACAUCAGAUGUUACACAACACACAACUAAAUCAAACUCAAAUGAAUCGAGUCUUUCCAGCAGGACAACUCAGAGAUCAACUAGUACCGUGGAGGAGCAAAACUGGACAAGAUCAGUCGCGACUGGGCUGAUUAAACCGAAUAAAUUAGCCAAUGAAAUCCUUCGCCAGAAAUCGUCAUCAAAGGAUAACCUCAAGUAUGACUCUGAAGAGAGUAUGGAAACAGUCGAACAGGACUCUGCCCAGGGAUACAUGGAUUAUGAAUUACAUUUAUUACAGGGCCAAAAAGAACCCUUGGUUACAUAUGGAGACCCCUCAAAUAGUUAUAAAAACUCACUGCGGACAAUGAACCCAAUGUAUGACAACAUAGAAGAUGAUUAUGCAUCAAGGAGUUCGAUGAAUGCAUCUGAUGAAACAGAAAUACAAUAUGGAAAACUAUUAUGUCAGAUACCAGCAGUGAGCGAUUAUGAACGAAAAUACGACACCAUUAAUCCAGUAAGUUAUUUAUCUGACAUAACGUUUAUAUCAGACUCUGAACUGGCGGUAGUUGAUCAUUCCAACAAAAUGGUUCGACUUUUCUACGCAAUUACCUUCCAUGAUUCAAAUGGCAAUGCUUUCCAGAAGUGGAAUCCAAGGCUUUACACAAUGCGACCAAAUCGGGCAAACUCUCAAUUUCUGAAUCCUGUUCGAAUAACAAACAUACCAAGUUCUAAGUCAUCUAUUCGCACAACUGUCAAUCACUGUGCUAAAGCCGCAAAAAUAGUUGUGGCUGAUGAAUCAGGAAAAUCUAUUCAAUUUUUUGAUACGAAUGUCAGUCGAGCAAUGGAGAGUAUAAAAUUGGAUUAUGCACCAAUGGGAAUAGCAUAUAACGCUUCCCUAAACCGCCUUAUUAUACUCGACAAAAACAAUGGAAAAGUCCAAGUGCAUGACAUAGAAAGUGAAAAACAGGUAACGACCAUUGAUCAACAUCGAGGAGAAUUAUUAUUUGAUGAUCCAAGUUAUGUUGCAUGUGGAGCAAAUGGCUCAAUUAUAGUCAUUGAAGAACACCAAAACUCAGGGAUCAAAAUUCUAGACCAUGACGGAAAUUUCCGUUCCCAUGUUGGCAGAGAGGGAAAAAACCCAGGGGAAUUUUCCACUCCUCAAGGAGUCUGUACAGAUAACAUAGGGAAUAUCUAUGUGGCUGAUAUGGGUAACGACAGGAUCCAGAAAUUUGACAAAGAUGGUGGAUUUCUUGGUGUUGUCUUAGACUCAAAUGAUGGAAUUAAGAAUCCUAUGGGGAUUUGUGUAAAUGGUUCAAACAAAAUGGCUGUAACACAAUCUCAGUCUGACAUUAUAUGCAUAUAUGAUAUCAACUAACAUACUAUAAAAUUAUCACGAUGACCAUGAACAUUGGUCACAUGAAAAAUAACAGUUGGAAUAGAGAUUAUAAACAAAAUGAGAACUGAAAAAACUUAGCAUUUUUUGGGAAAAUAUCAUGAAGCGAUCAAAUGGAGAAAUACUGCAUAACACUGGUGACCAGAUUGGAUAUAUGCCCGUGUAGUACAAGACAGGUAUUCUUUGCCAAAAUAUCAAUUGAAAUUCUUAUAUUCUUACUAAUUUUUACACAGGCAAAAUAUUCUAGGGAGAAAGUGUAUCAAUAUAUUUUAGCUUUCAAAGGUAUUCUUAUAAAAAAGAAAAUUUGAAUAAAAAAUAACAUGGAAUGUAAAAUAAAGUAAUAAUACAAAAGUAUAA